AUGUCCCGAGCAUGGCUGACCACUCUCCUGGGGCUGCUGAGUGCGGCCUGGCUGCCUGCAGGCUCAGGGAGGCCUGGACCCCCAGCCCCCCGGGGGCCGGCCCUUGCCCUUGGCAGCUGGAAGGCCUUCCUGGGCCUGCAGAAACCCAGGAGGCUGGGGACAGAUGGGCUGCAGGAUGGGCAGGAGGUGACCACCUCCGUGUCUUUGCCAUUGGACCCUAAAGAAGUGACCCAGGAAAUGUGUAAGGCUGUGCCCUUCAUUCAGGUGCUCUCCCGGCCUGGCUGCACUGCUGUCCGUGUCCGAAAUCACCUCUGCUUCGGCCGCUGCUCCUCCCUCUACAUCCCGGGCUCAGACCCCACCCCGCUUGUCCUCUGCAACAGCUGCGAGCCCACUCGCCAGCGCUGGACACCCGUGGUCCUGUGGUGUCGGCCGGGCAGCCCAGCCUCCUCCCCUCGGCGGCUGAAGGUGUCCACCAGGCUGGUGGAGGGCUGUCGGUGUGGACCAAAGCUAUGA